AUGGAAAGACAGUUGGUGGCUUCAAGAAAGGUACAACAGGAAGAGAAUAAGAAGAAGAAAUUAUCGGUUGAUGAAGAUGAGUAUUGCGCAAGAAAACACGUGUCGGAUAUUGAGUCAGAAAAAGAAGAAGUUGACAAGAGUUGUUUGACAGAAGAAGAAGAAGAUGAGUAUUUGUCUGAUCACAACAGCCAGAAGAGGACAAGGGAAGCUGUUACUACUCGGUACGAUGAUACGUCGUACGAUGAUGAGUGGCUAUUUGGUACCGUUAAUCAGCAAAAGAAGUCAGCUAUCAAGGAUGAUGUUGAAGACAUGAACAUGAAGUUUCAGAUAACAUCAACAGCUCUUUUCACUUUUCCUAGGGCUCAGUUUUUGUCUCGAGUCGGAAUUUUCUCAUUACCAUAUACAGUUAUGUUCUAG